AUCAAAAUUGAAAUGGUCAACCCCCAUUUCGAGGAACGAUGGAUCCAACUAAAAAAAAACGUGUUAAUACAGAUACAGGAAAAUCAAUUCAAUUCACCUAAAGAUGCACAAAAUGUUUCGAUUGAACUCUUCAAAUAAGGAUAUGGAGGUAAAAGUUUAUGAUUAAUUUUAAAUUUUUUGGAAGUCCCUCUGUAUAUUGAUUUGGCGUGUGCAAUCCGUUGCUACAUUUUCAUUGGUGUCUUUGGUAGUAUCACGUCGAGACGGCGCAAACGCGACUAAAUAAAGAGGGUUAAUACAAACUUCGUUGAAAUAAACGGAGAAGUCUUACAAAUAAUAAACGGGGUAUGUCCUCAUUUCGUGCGAUACUCAUUGCGGCGCCCGUAGAGACAAUGCGAUAUUUUAGCUAAAACGUGUGCACGAUGACUGACUCAAUUUGGUGUAUAUUAUCAAAUUUAUACAGGCGUAAGUUCAUUUAUGGAUUUUUGAUGAAAAUUUCAACAUAUUAUUCAAGUCAAUCAUAAUGCAACGAGUAAAGCGGCCAAAGUGAUUUUAAAUCGAAAUUUCACUCGUAUGUUUAUAAGAUCCAAAAUGAAUGAAUUUCUAUCCUAAUGGUCAAUAAGGUACGACAAUAAGAAAUUCAGGUACCUACUAGUGAUGGAAAGCAACAAUUUAAUUAAUGAAAGUACAAAAGCGGCACCGGAAGGUAAUAUUAAAGAGCUCUCUGGAUCACGUAGUAGCAUAAAAAGUACAAAAAGUUUAGAAAAAAGGGUCAGUAAUACGGGAAGUAUAAAAUCGGAGAAAGAUGUACAUUUUGCAAAUACUUCCUUUAAAGACAAAUCCUCUGAAAAACAUGAUUCGGCUUCUUUGAAAAGUGGCUUGGAUCCAUCCUCCAAAGUGCCUCAUAAAUUCAUAGCAAAUUGGAAACAAGCUUGUGAUCGAACUAGAGAUAGAACGCGCGAUUUGUUAAAAAGAUGGAGAACUUUACCGGAAUGUGAAGAAAAUAAAAAUGUUGAAAAAUCACAGGGCCAAGAAGGUAGUGGAUGGAGUGUCCACGUUUGGACAACAUGGGUUGAUAGGUUCAGUAUAGACGCUUCGCAUCAGUGGGAAGAUGAAGAAAAAUAUCAAUUAACACAGACGCAGAGCUAUAAACUUAAUCAUUUUUUUACAUGCCUUUUAGAUCACGACAGGGAUGAUCUCGUUAGCGAUCAAGACUUCGAAUCUUUAAGCGAGAGAUUGCGACAUUUUGCGGAUUGGUCCAUUAAUUCCGCAGAAUUUAAUAUCUUACAGCAAGUUGAGAGGGGAUUUAUGGAUACAUUUUUAGAAGAUAUCACAGAUGAAAGAUUAGGAUUUAAAGUUAACAAUCAGAUAUUUAUUACCAAAGACGGCUGGUUACAUAAAUGGGCACAAUUACUUUCCACAUCUAGAAAUCUGACUGAUUUCCCGAUUUGGCUGCAGUAUUUGGUGAAAAUUCUGUUUCAAGUUAUCAACAGAAGCGGUUUGUGUGUUACGAUAUUUUUAGGUUCUGGUAUAAUUUCGCGUGACGAAUUAAGUGCAUUCUAUUCGUCAGUCUUGGGUUUUGAUGCUAUUAGAGUUGGCGAAAUAUUAGAUGUAGCAUAUCAAGCUAUGACUUCCAAUGGCGACCAUCCAUUGGGUUACCGUGCCUAUCGUUUGUGCUUCGCCAACUAUUUACUGGGAAGAUAUCCUAAUGGAUCAGGACAGUUUCUUUUGGGAUUUUCACCGGCUCCAAUUCCAUCAGUCUUGUUUCCUAUAGAUUAUUCUGCGUUGAAUACGCAGCCUGAAGACCUCGAACAAUACACCCCUGACCAAAAAUCAAAUAGACAUAGUAUCGUAGUGUGACUAACAAACGUAAAAUUGUAGACCUAGUGCUUGCAAUUAAUGCAAAGAAAUCGCAUAUCGUUCACAAAUUAACUUCUCAUGUAUUUUUCGUCACAAGUGCACCUUCUCGAAUUGCAUUCUAAAGCUAUGUGAUACUAUUUAAACUUCACACGAUUAUUUAGAAUUUAUAUGUUUGAAUUUAUACCAAUCUAUAUAAAAUUAAUAGCAAUAAAUACGAUUCUUACUUACAAA